AAUUCAUUUAUCCAAUUUAUUUAUAAAAUUUGGUAAAGUCGAAUUGAAGCUCACAGCAGCGACGAACCCUUCCAAACCCUUCCUUCCAGAAAUUUCAUGUCCAUCUUGCCUUCACAAGCCCAAGCAUCAUCAUCAUCUUCUUCAUCUGUGCAAUCACCAAACCCUAAUCCCCAAUAUGGAAUUCCAAUCAACCCUUCUCCUCCUCAACCUUCCUCUUCCCUUUCCCCUCCCCUCAACAUCGCUAUUGGAUCCCUCCAGAUCUCCGAUAACCCAGGUUCAUCAACUCCUGCUGCAGAAGAUUCUGGUGGACCUUCCGAAAAGGUGACAGAAUUAGGGUCUCCGAAUGGUAUGAAGGCUUCACCUCCACAAAACUCUAGAACUCAUUCUAGGAGUUACUCUGGAAGAAGGACAGUUGGAUCGUCCCCAUCGAUAGGGAGAACAGGAAAUAGAAAUCAACAGGCACCUGGGUCUGUAAAUUCUCAUGGAAGCACCUCUUCAGCAGGGAGGAAAUCUCAGAUGGUGAAUGGAAAUUACUUGCUCAAUUUUCAGUAUGAUCCAAUAUCCCGUUCUCAACCAAGAGGUCUUCCUCCUCCCCCUCUGUCAAGAAGGCAGAAGAGAAAACCAUACAACAAAGAUUUGUUUUUGCAAGCAAAUUACAAAUUCAUAGUGCUAGACUCAGGAAAUUACUCACCUGAGUCGAUGGAUCCAGAUAAAAUGUUGCAGUGGGAAGAUAUUGUAUGUGUGACAUUUUUUACCCCCUUUCCAGUUCAGUGUCCAAUUUGUUUGGAGUAUCCCCUGUGCCCUCAAAUAACCUCAUGUGGGCAUAUUUUCUGUUUUCCGUGUAUUCUACAAUACUUAUUCUUGGGUGAGGAGGAUCAUAAAAGUGAUUGCUGUAAAAGGUGUCCUUUAUGCUUUAUGAUGAUAUCUGCCAAGGAUUUAUAUACAGUCCACAUCACCAAUGUUAAACAGCAUCAAGUAGGAGAAAAUGUUGACUUCACUUUCUUAACACGGAAAAAGGAUUCCUUUACCCUGUCGCAUAAAAAUAAACAAGAGAUUGAUAUCACAUCAUGUGACAAUGGAUAUUUAUGUGAUCCCUUUUCUAAGUUCACACUCACAUCAGAUGUUGAUCUCUCAGUGAGACAUGCAAUAUCAGAUCUAGAUGGCUGGCUGGCCAGAGCUGAUUCAGGUCUUGUUGAUGACCUCGAGAAGCUUCCAUAUGUUUGUGCGGCAAUGCAACAAUUAGAACAGAGAAAGAAGUAUUGGAAUGAGCUUAGGGCUUUUGACAGUGAAAAAUCUUCAAAGCUUAUUGAUUAUGGACAUCAGAUACCAUCAAUAGCUGCUGAUGCUAUGGAUACUGAUGAUGAAAACUGUUCUAAUGGAUCAAGAACUUCCUCGACAGAUUCCCGUGACCUAAAUAAGUCAAUUGCUGGAGCCUGUCAGGAUCAAACCUUGGAUGUGGAGAAAGUGUCAAUGGAGCAGGAAAUGAAGUUGUCUUCUUCGUUCGAAGAGAAAAGUGGUAUUCAAAUGGAUUCAAAUGGCAUUGGAGAUGCAAAGGAAAAUGAUUCGUACAAUUUCUAUCAGGCUGCUGAUGGUCAGCAUCUGAUUCUUCAUCCUCUGAACAUGAAGUGUCUACUAAACCAUUAUGGGAGCUAUGAUACGCUUCCUCACAGAAUAAGUGGAAGGAUUCUGCAAUUGGAGACAGUUACGCAGUCUGAGGCCAUGAGGAGGCGUUAUCGAUUCCUGAGUCAUUUUCCAUUAACCACAACAUUUCAGCUUUCUGAAAUUGAUUUGAGUGAGAUAUUGCCUCCUGAAGCACUGGCCCCAUUUAUGGAUGAAAUAAAAAAGCGCUCUAAUCAGAGGAAACAACUUGCAAAGAAGGAACAAAGGGACAAAAUGAAAGCUGAAGCUUCUGCUACUUAUCCUUUUCCUGUACCGAGUUAUCAGCUUACUUCUCGUGAUGAUCCUCCGUUCUCCAUGGAUGACUUUGAAGCUCUGGGGAAUUCAGCCAUGUCAUCAAGUCCCCCAUUGGUUGGGGAGAGAAGAUUGUUCUCGAGCGUUACUAGGCUUGGUUUUGCUGCUGGUCAUGAUUCUCCAUCAUUACAAAUACAAGAAGAAACUAGCGGUCCAUAUAAUAACAAUAAGAGCACUGAUUCUUCUGGUACAGCAGGUUCGAGAAAUGGGGAGACACCAUCAUACUCUAAUGUUAUAUCUAGAGCAGAAUCUAAUAACAGCUUGAAUGCACCAAAGACAAAUGAUGUGGGGAAGAAGGGAAAGAAACCCAAUCGAGUUCUUCUGUCAACAGCUGGUGUCAGGCGUUAUUGAUUACUUGAUCACUGACCCUUGGCACUCCCAAUCUUCAUCCCAGUGUGGAAUUAUUAGCUGUUCUAAGAAAUACAUGUAUUUUAUGCGCAUCUAAUAACUUGUAGAUAGGUAGACAUGUGUGGAGAACUACUUUCUCUAUUUGAAUGACUGAGGUUCAAGGCAUCCCUUCUUUGAGGCCUUAGGCUUUUUUCUUUUCUUAGCUUUUGUACCAAAAAAAGACGUGUGGAGAAAAUAAAUGUUUUAAUAUAAAGUCAUGGUUUUGUAGAA